UGCUGCACAUUUUCUCAUCUUGUUAUGAGUUAGAUCUGGCAUGAGUCAGGAGUUGAGAAUGUUUUCAAUUAUGUCAUGUUAUAAAGAAUACAGUUAUAUUACAAUGUUGCUUAACUCACAAGCAGAGACAACACUUCUCUAGGAAACGCAGAACAAGAACCAGUAAGAAAACAAAACAGAUGAUUCUGGCCUCGGGCAUGCUCAAUAUGAAGAUCGCACAGUUUAUCAUCAUUACCCUUUGUACUCUCUCUGCAACAUGCAUGGAAAGCUGUCUCCAAGAACAGCUGCGGUUAAAGGGCCAGGUGAGACUUCUAGAGCUCCAAGUGAAACUUCAACAAAUAAAAAUCCAGAACCUGUUGCAAGAAAGGGAGCUUCAGUUAAUGGACAGAGGGGAUGAGCAGAUUGUGAUCGAUCUGGGAGAUAAAAGAAGUUAUGCAGACUGUGCAGAAAUUUAUAAUGAAGGACACAAACGUAGUGGAUUCUACAAAAUAAAGCCAAUACAGAGCACAAGUCCAUUCUCUGUGUUUUGCGACAUGUCCGAAGGAGGAGGUUGGACUGUUUUCCAGAGACGCUCUGGUGGAAUAGAAAACUUCAACAGGAACUGGACAGAUUACAAGAAUGGAUUUGGUGAUUUUGUUUCUGCAAAAGGAGAAUAUUGGAUUGGAAAUGAUAACUUGCAUUGUCUGACAUUACAAGGUGAUUACACACUAAGAAUUGAUCUGCUGGAUUUUGAAGGACAAAGAAGAUUUGCACAAUAUAAAAGUUUCAAAGUUGAUGAUGAACAGAGCUCAUACCAGAUGAGCUGUGGAGACUAUACAGGUACAGCUGGCGAUUCACUUGCUGGUGGUUUUAAUGCUGAAGUUGAAUGGUGGGCAAGUCACAACGGCAUGAAAUUUAGUACCCGGGACAGAGACAAUGACAAUUAUGAAGGACACUGUGCUGAGGAGGACAAGGGUGGAUGGUGGUAUAACAGGUGUCACUCUGCCAACUUAAAUGGUUUGUACUACAAGGGACCUUACACUUCUCAAACAGAUGACGGGAUUGUUUGGUACACGUGGCAUGGAUGGUGGUAUUCUCUAAAAUAUGUUGCCAUGAAGAUUAGACCUGCAAACUUUGAGCCAAAUGUUGUUUAGUUUGUUCACUCAACAGUAAACAAAUCUGAAGCUGGUAGGUCUGUUUUGCAUGAAAUCAAUUCACAAUGAUAUUUUUCACUAAAUUUGACACGUUCUACGAACACUCUAAAUAAUGUAUCAGAAGAAACUUUUUUCUUUCCUCUAAACUGCUUACUAAUAGUAUUGUAUAUGUUUACUUAAACUAUGUGGGAAAUGUAGUAAUUAAAGUGAAAUUAGAGAAUUGGAUUGUCUCAAAAUGUACACUUGCCACUAGUCAUUGGCAAAUGAAAAUGUAGCCCUAGCAUGUACGGUGGCUUGCGGUGGUGAGUAACGGUUAAAGGACCACUAUAGGCAUCCAGACCACUUCAGGUCCCCCUAAAUUUAACCCUGCAGCUGAAAACAUAGCAGUUUCAGAGAAACUGCUAUGUUUACAUUGCACGGUUAUUUCAGCCUCUAGUGGCUGUCUCCUUGA